AUGACACACAAUUCGCACACACCACCCCUAGGUUCCAGAUCCACCGAUCACAAUCAUCUUGUUUCAAUAAAACCCACACCAAGCCAACUCCGGCCGCCUCCUCCCUCGCCGUCGGAAUUCCGUUUCCUCACCGCCAGACUGUUCUUCCGCUCUCAGCUCUACUUUCGUGCGUCUGCAACCUCCCUUUGUCGCUUCCUACUUCCUCCCAGUCGGUACACUCAGCACCAGUCAACCUCGAUUCUUCCUCUUCAUAUACUGCAAGCAUCUUCAAGAGGUACCGAGGACGUUAAGGGAUUGUGGCAAGCAUCCGAGUGUUGCGUUAUCAGUAGUGGAGUUAGAUUGGUGCAUGUUGAGUCCUCUAAAGAAGGAGUUUUGGAACUGUUGGACCUCUACUUUCGUGCGUCUGCAACCUCCCUUUGUCGCUUCCUACUUCCUCCCAGUCGGUACACUCAGCACCAGUCAACCUCGAUUCUUCCUCUUCAUAUACUGCAAGCAUCUUCAAGAGGUACCGAGGACGGUAGCGUGAGGCGCUAG